GGCAUUGAGCAGACCCGACGGCGGUCUCGGGCUGCUCAGAGCGCUGUGCGUACCCGGCUUCGCCUUGGCGAAUGACGGGUCCCGGUACGACCUGAAGAUCGUCCCGAGAUGUGAUCGUGCUGUCCUCUCCAUGAUCACUUGUGAUCAUGAAGGCGGAGAUGAGGAGACGGUGGCCCGACGAGCCGUGGGUGUUGCGCGCGACAGGUUCUUCGUUCACCGUGACGCUCGCUAGCGUGGGCACGGACACGAGUACGGUUGCAGCAGGCGUCGAGGUAAGUACGUCCGCCGAGGGCGUACUUGUACUUCUCGACCCUCUGUACCAGUGCUCAGGCUUGCCGGUAGCGUGUAUAUUGAGCCAUGAGUUCGACGUACCCUCUACGUCGCGACCGUCGUUCGUGACCGAGCAGGGUACGUAGAUUGUGGGAUGGCGCACGGUCGUCGUCUCGCUUUGCCAUUUGAAGAGUACGACCGCGAGGUCGUACCGUAAUGGGAGUGGAGACGGUAGCGAGGAACUCGAACGCUCGGGUACGACCUGAAGGUCGUUCUGGAGCAUGAUUGUAUUGUGUUCGUGGCCAGCGGUGCGCACGACAAUCUCCGUGUUCGUUGAUACGCACGCUUCAAGUUUCGAACCCGCUACUCGACAGCUAAUGAAAGCUGUCUGGGAAACGUCGGAC